UCUGUGCUAUCUUUGCUCUCGUCUCCCGUUUUGUGUGUUGGGGGGAUGGGGCCGUGCCGAAGAUGAGACACUCCAAAUAUUUACCACUUGGAUAACUAAAUAUCUUUAUUUCCUGAUUGGGCUUCCUCCGUCGCUCUUGUAGAUAUACAUACUUUUCGACGCCGUAUGAGUUUGGGUGGGAUUUGGCCAAGAUAAAGUGGAGUAUAUCUGUACGUCCACGACACACGCUCAAAAAGUCGACAAAAUGUAUUCCUCUGCUGGAGCUUCUGAGAUGCUUGAGGGACCUCGUUCCUCUGGGUCAGCAAGCUCUGAACCCCCAUCUUCCCCAGUGCCAGAAUAUGUGUUCAAGCCACCAUCACGACCAGACUUUGGCACCAUGGGCAGGACAAUCAAGCUCCAGGCCAACUUCUUUGAGAUGGAAAUUCCCAAACUGGAGGUCUACCAUUAUGACAUUGAUAUCAAACCUGAGAAAUGCCCCAGGAGGGUCAAUCGUGAAAUCGUGGAGCACAUGGUCCAGCACUUUAAAACGCAAAUCUUUGGUGAUCGAAAGCCAGUGUAUGAUGGGAGGAAAAAUCUCUACACUGCCAUGCCCUUGCCCAUUGGUAGAGACAAGGUGGAGCUGGAGGUAACCAUUCCUGGUGAAGGCAAAGACCGCAGCUUUAAAGUAUCAAUCAAGUGGGUGUCCUGCGUUAGCCUGCAAGCUCUGCAUGAGGCACUGUCAGGACGGCUACCAAGCGUCCCCUUUGAGACCGUCCAAGCCUUGGAUGUGGUCAUGAGACAUUUGCCCUCUAUGAGGUAUACACCAGUGGGACGCUCUUUCUUUACUCCCUCAGAGGGAUGUUCAAAUCCCCUCGGUGGUGGCAGAGAGGUGUGGUUUGGUUUCCACCAGUCUGUCAGGCCUUCCCUUUGGAAAAUGAUGCUCAACAUUGACGUUUCGGCGACUGCAUUCUACAAAGCCCAGCCUGUAAUCGAGUUCAUGUGUGAGGUCUUGGAUUUUAAAAGCAUUGAAGAACAACAGAAACCCCUAACAGACUCUCAACGAGUGAAAUUUACAAAGGAAAUCAAAGGCUUGAAGGUGGAGAUCACCCACUGUGGACAGAUGAAGAGGAAGUACAGAGUGUGCAAUGUGACAAGAAGACCAGCCAGCCACCAGACGUUCCCCCUGCAGCAGGAGAACGGCCAAACUAUUGAAUGCACAGUAGCGCAGUACUUCAAAGACAAGUACAAGCUCAUCCUGAGAUACCCCCACCUCCCUUGUCUACAGGUGGGACAGGAGCAGAAGCACACCUACCUACCUCUAGAGGUGUGUAACAUAGUGGCAGGACAGCGCUGCAUCAAAAAACUGACAGACAAUCAGACCUCCACUAUGAUCCGUGCCACAGCCCGAUCAGCACCAGACCGUCAGGACGAGAUUAGUAAACUGAUGAGAAGUGCCAAUUUCAAUACAGACCCUUAUGUUCGGGAAUUUGGAGUGAUGGUGAGGGAUGAGAUGACAGAAGUGAAUGGCCGUGUCCUUCAAGCACCUUCCAUUCUGUACGGAGGCAGGAACAAAGCAAUAGCCACACCAAUCCAGGGAGUGUGGGACAUGAGGAACAAGCAGUUCCACACUGGUAUUGAGAUCAAAGUGUGGGCCAUCGCCUGCUUUGCACCACAGAGGCAGUGCACUGAACUCCUGCUCAAAGCAUUCACAGAUCAGCUGAGGAAGAUCUCUAGGGAUGCUGGGAUGCCCAUUCAGGGUCAGCCUUGCUUCUGUAAGUACGCCCAGGGAGCGGACAGUGUGGAGCCCAUGUUCAGGCACCUCAAGUACACCUACCAGGGCCUCCAGCUGGUGGUCGUCAUCCUACCGGGGAAGACACCUGUUUACGCUGAGGUGAAGCGUGUUGGGGACACGGUACUUGGCAUGGCAACGCAGUGCGUGCAGGUGAAGAAUGUUCAAAAGACAACACCUCAGACCCUCUCCAACCUCUGUCUGAAGAUCAACGUCAAGCUGGGCGGUGUCAAUAACAUCCUCCUCCCGCAGGGCAGGCCGUUGGUGUUCCAGCAGCCGGUCAUCUUCCUUGGUGCAGAUGUGACUCAUCCACCUGCAGGAGAUGGAAAAAAGCCUUCCAUUGCUGCUGUCGUUGGUAGCAUGGAUGCCCAUCCCAGCAGAUACUGUGCCACGGUCCGGGUGCAGCAGCACCGUCAGGACAUCAUCCAGGACCUGGCCACCAUGGUGAGGGAGCUGCUCAUCCAAUUCUACAAGUCCACCCGCUUCAAGCCCACCAGAAUCAUUUACUACCGCGAUGGCAUCUCUGAAGGCCAAUUCAACCAGGUCCUCCAGCAUGAGCUGCUGGCCAUCCGUGAGGCCUGCAUAAAACUAGAGAAGGACUACCAGCCUGGUAUCACCUUUGUGGUGGUGCAGAAGAGACACCACACAAGACUGUUCUGUAUGGACCGAAAUGAGAGGGUCGGGAAGAGUGGCAACAUUCCUGCAGGCACCACAGUGGACACCAAAAUCACUCACCCAUCAGAAUUUGAUUUCUACCUUUGCAGUCAUGCUGGCAUUCAGGGUACCAGCAGGCCGUCUCAUUACCAUGUGCUCUGGGACGACAACCACUUCUCUUCAGAUGAACUGCAGGUUCUCACCUACCAGCUAUGCCACACUUAUGUGCGCUGCACCCGGUCGGUUUCCAUCCCAGCACCAGCUUACUAUGCCCAUUUGGUGGCUUUCCGGGCUCGCUAUCACUUGGUGGACAAAGAGCACGACAGUGCCGAGGGCAGUCAUACAUCUGGCCAGAGCAAUGGCCGUGACCAACAGGCCUUGGCCAAGGCCGUUCAGAUCCACCAGGACACCCUGCGCACCAUGUACUUUGCUUGAGAGCACACAACCCCAGGUUGGGGUGGGUGAGACCCCACUGAUGAAACACACUACCCUUUGCUGUCUGACUGUCAGCUGUAGAUAGCAUCACAGUGGUUUCACAUGGUGAUCUCCCUGCCAAUCAGACCUGUCAGUUACCCAUAUGUCUACAAUUGUACUUCAGACGCUGACCUACGCAAACCAAGCCAGCUAUUAGACUGUAAGAUGCAAAAGAAUUCUUGGGGUUUGAGCUGGAAGAGUUUUAUUUACAUGUUGUGCAUUAGUGCGUGUUUAUAUUUGUGGUAGGGAAAUAUUUUGCAAAGUAUGAAAGGAAAAGUUUGUACACUGAUAGAAGAAAUCUGCCGUUUCUUAACUCGUGAGCAGUAUCAUUACACAUUGGGGUGAUUUCAUAAAUUAGAAGAAGCUGUUCACCCUCCUUCUCCUGUUUCUGUUGUUUUGUUAGGGUCUUGGUGCUUGAAGGGAGAAGGACUAAAUUCAUCAAAUGAUAAGGGAGGGGAACUGUAUACUGUUUAUAUGCCUAAAGAUUUGCUCCGCUGACAAAUAUUAUUUAUCAGCCAAUCAAAGCAAAGUGCACUGACCACAAUGGGUACUUCAAUCAGGACAAAAGUACUUAAUAUAUUGAGGGUUGCGCGUCAUUUUUCACAUAGGGCACUAUGUGAUGAAAAGUGCCAUUUGAGACCACCUUUUUGUUUUAAUAUCUGUGGAAGACUAUGAAUUAUUAGGUCCACAUCUGCUAAGAUUUCAGUAUUUGUCCUUGAUUGACACUGAUGACCAUUUAAUGCCAAAUCUGGUGGCAACGUACUAAAUGAUUGUUGCAUCAGAUUUGCCAUCACCCCUUCAACCAACACUUAGUUUAUUUGAGAUGAGGACUGUUAGUGUUUAAGUAGAGAUUGAAAGAACAGCAAUUUCAUUCUUAUCUGCCACUCUUGUUAGUCUGAACAAGAAAGAGUUGCACCAGUAAACUAAUUCCCCUACCGAGAAAUAGUGUAUUGGGACUGGUUCCCAACAAGGACACCUUUCUAAUGUACUCUGAGCCGUGCUGAUGAACGACACAUGAUGUCAAACUCAACAUAAAGGGGAAUUUGAUGAAAUCUCUUUUUUUCCCUUUAGUUUUUAUAGUCUAAUUUAAUUUCAAUCAUUUUGUAAUAAAUAUGCAUGUAGCUGACUCAUGUUUUAGACUUUUAGGCAUUUGUGAUACUUGUUUUAUUUCUUCCUAUAUACAAAUUAACCAUUCUUCUGUGUUUUAAUGAAUAUAGCAGCGGGAUAGCGUUUUCUGCAGUGUCUUUGUCAGAGCAGGAUACUUGUGCAGAGUCUCCAUAUCCAGGCAUUCGGUACAAUGGAGUGAAAGCUAGAGCAUUUUAGAGUUUUAACCGAUUGAAAUUCCCUAAAAAAAACCAACAAAUCUUGUGUUUGCUCCGAGACUUGGGAGCAGUCGUCGCACAAAAGCUUGGGUUUUAUGCAAAUGACUUUUUGUGAGUCUUUAUAUUAUAAAGUAAUGUUGGUAAUAAGGUAUAUUUUGAAUAAGCUUUCAGUGGAGGCUGCUGAAAAUGUUAGUUUUUUUUUUUUUUAAAUGACUGGCCCACAUGUAGUCUAAAUUAACACUGUCUAUUUGUAUACAGAUGUUAAGUGCAAAUAUUCUCUUGCCUUCUAAGACUGUUACAGUCUUACUAAUAAUUCUUGACAUUUCCUAACAUCCCACCUGAGUUUUACUACUAAAGUUAAGCCGGCGAAUGUUCUCAGUCUUGAUUGAAGGCGAGUAGUCUACAUUUUUCUAACUAUGCAUCCUUUUUAACCAAGAGAUUUAGCAGUGUGGUAUCUCACAUGAAUUUGGGUCAUUUCUAGAGGUAGAUAAUCAGGGCUUUUAUUUGUUUUUUUAUUAUUAUUGUUGUUGGUUUUUUUAGCAUGUGGCUUUUAGUAGCGUUUCUUAGUGCUUAUCAGCGUCUUCAUGCCUUUCUAACGGGAUGAAGUAUUUAUGUGGUCAUUUUUAAUGUUGUAGAUUUUAUAGCCUGAAAAUUGGGUGUAUCCUUUGUAACACACAAUCUUUCUUAGCCAAACAAGAUUACAAACCUUUACAUUAUUAAUAUUCAAAAGACAUAGAAGCACAAAAAGACAUCUUGAUGCUAGGUGCUAGAUGUUUUCACUGUAACCACCAUAAUUCCUCACUGGACUGGUCAACGAGGCUUUUUACUUUGUUUGUUAAAAGGAUGCUUCAUCAUCUUGAGGAUCUUUUCUCUCCCUUUGACGACCUCUCUGCAUUACCCUUUUUAUUCAUAACUUGUAAAGCAACCAGAAAUCCGACUGACUGUGUUUGUGGGGCAUUCUGAAAAAUCACGUACUUGAUAUUUACUGUUAUGAUGUCAAUAUUGUUCUUAUCGGUGCUGGUCUCACAACAUGUAAAAUUUGGAUGCACUUUUAAUAGCAGAGCGUUGGUAUGACUUCUCCAGGCGUGUGUUUCUCAAGCGAAGCAGGAGCCUCGGCCAUAUUGUGUGACACUGGUGUAAUUGUAUGGAAAUGGCCGUGUGUUCUACCUCUUGUUACCUGUUAAAGUGUUAUGGUAACAUCACACUGCUGGCCAUUUCUGUAUAAUUACCCCUGCUAUCUGUCUAAUUGGCAUUGUUUGAGUCUUGCAUUGACAGUAGAGGUUUUAAAUGCUUGGGAGUGCAUGACGGUGAAUGCGCUUUUCUCAGUUUAUGUAGUUGUGUGAUUUUUUUUUUCUUUUUUUCACAGUUUUACUCAAACUCAUAAGAGAGAAUGUGUUGUUUUUUUUCUUUUUGUGGUUUUGAGCUGUACGACCAAAAUCUUGAAGUGUGUUUUGUAUGCACACACGGUGUUCCCUUCUUUUUUUUCCUUUUAUUCUAUGCACCAGUGAAACUACAGAAUUUUUUUUUUGUUUUGUUUUGUUUUUGACACCUUGAUUUUCCACCUCAGCCCACAUCAGGUGUGAUCCUUGCGUAUCCUUGAUUUGGAGAAAUUGUAAAUGUACCAUAGUGGUGCUGUUAGUCAGACUGUUAUAAUUAAAAACAGUACAAAGAGAAUAAGUCAAGCACAUUGAAAUCCACGUGAAAAGAUGUUUGUAAGUCGGCAAGGCAUUUGUUCAGGUACACUUCACCACAGAACAUUAUACGUAUGCGGUCAUGCCUUUCUAUACGUCUGUCAUAUAGAAAGUGAGCAGGUGUCCAGAAGAUAGUGUGCUGAAAUUCAUAACAUCAAGGUGUCAUUUUAGGAGAUGGCUUUGUACUUGUUGUUAUCGCUUCAUCGUGUUUUACAUUACCUUUACCAGCACCUUAAAACAGCAAAUCACGAUGGCUUUGCUUUUCCUGGAUAUAAAACUCAAAGACAAUGUUGUUUUUGCACUAAACAAGAAUGGAUUUUUGUAGCUGUUGCAGCAUUAAGAGUAUUUAUCAGGUGGCACACUCAGCCUCUGUUUUCUUUUUCUUUUCUUUUUUUUUUUUUGAAAUUUAGAAAGCAGCAGUUGGCAUUGGUGGCUUUUACAAAAUCUACAUGUUUUGUAAAAUAUGGCACAGAAGGCAUAGCCAGCAGGGCCUGAUAGCCUCUUGGUGUGCACAUUUCAUUCAGAUAGCCACGCCUGCUGAUCAGGAGGGAUUUUACCCAGUCAACCAGCAUUCUGCAUGCCGUCUUUCAGAAAUAUCCUCAUGUCUUUAAAAUUUACUGCAAGACCGAAACUUCUAGGUGUGUGGGUGGGGAUGCCUUUGUAUGGUGAUGUGCAAGAUAAGGUGCUAUAUGCAAAAUAAACUGACGGGUGAAAAAGAAGCUGAAUAGCUAUGGACAGUAAGGUUUGUGUAGACCAAAGUGCUGUGUGAGGAGGAAAAGUGCAGGAAAGUUUGACAUGGUCGUGGUCCCUGCUCAAGACUGCAGUGUGCACAGAACAAAUACGGUAAUGUCUAAGGUUUCUUUGUGUGUUGGACACCACCAUAGACUAUACAUAUCAAGAUUCAGAAGAGGCUUUUCCCAUUCACAUGAAUCUGCUUGAUCUUAACGAGCUAAAUCAAGAAUUUGUAUGGAACAAACAAAUGAAUACACCAGCCUGGAUGAAUGUGGCAUUACGUCAUUAACUUUAAUGAUGUCCGAGGUGCUUAGUUAGGAAGGUAAAACAAACCCUAAUGGCAUUACAGGAUACUUUUUGGCAGAUAUUUUACUUUAGUUUGAGCGUUUUUUGUUUUUUUUUCUGAAUGUUUUGGAGUGGCCAAGACAAAGCAGAUUCUGGAAAUGGCUGCUUUGUAAAGUAUCAUAUCAUAAGCUAAUUUAAUUGAUCAUACAUUUUAUUUUCUCAAUACCAGUUUAAGUCUGUGUUUCAGUUGCUGGUUGAAAGAAGUUGAGAUACAGUUUCUUCCAGUGUAACAAUCAGCCUGUUUACAUUUUGCAUUUGGACUGUUUUAGAAUAAAAUAAAGCCCAAUUUCAACCUUACAUCAGUUUAUUUACCCCAUGCAUAAUAACGUUUCUGCUCUCUGCCCUCUCGUCCGUCUUUUGGAGAGAAAUUAUUACUGGUAUAAAGAAACUUUUUGUAGCGUAGAACGUUUUUAGCUCCAAAUAAUAACAAUGAAUGUACUUAGAGCCUCCGUGGUUUGUCAUAUUGUACAGGCUAUCCAUCCAGUACAUUUACGUUCAUGUUUGCUUCUUGUGUACAGCUUUUUUUUUUUUUGUUGUUUGUUGUUGUUUUUUUCCUCCUAUUUAUAGGCUUUAAUAAUUGCAGAAAGUAUUACGUUUUCAUUGAUUUUUAGAUGUCGCCUGCGUCACCGCUGAUAUAAUUCAUUCUUUUCCACUGAUUAACAGGAGAUAUACAAGUCUACAGUUGAGAUGUCUUUCUGGUUGUUGACUAAUGUAGUUCUAGGUGACAGUGUUUCACACUGGUGCAAAGAGUAGUCAUCUUUUCCAUUCAUGCUUGUGUGAGGUGCUGUAACAUAAGAGCAGUGUAUGUGUGUAUAUAUGAUGGUUGCUUUCUUGUGUGAUUUUAUUUGCUGUUAGGUUUAUGGCUUCUGCUUAAGCCCUUGGUCUGAUAUUCCUGAUAUUCCUGUCCGCAGAGUUGUCUUGUAAAAUUCGAAAACCCUUCCCGAGUUCAGCUCACUCAAACAAGCGAAGGUUUUGGUUUGAGUGCUGCUUGUCUUCUUACUUUUGGUGAUUGUUUUGCUACGCAGCUGUUUUUUUUUUUUUCCAGAUUUUAGAAGUACCAUUUAUGAUUUACAAGGCACUCAGCUGGAUUCAGCAAGCAUAAUUUCCCUAUUCCUAUUUCUAGAUAAAUCCUUCUGAAGCAUCACUCUGUCAUUGACACUCAUAUGUCCACUCAGUUAUCUAUAGCCAUGUGACAUUGGUGUGGUCCCUUGAGGUCUCUCCAGUGAAAAGUUUCCCUGUGUGAUACAAGAAUGAAAGAACAUGAAAUGAACUCAAGAACAAUUAUGCCUCAUGUCCACUGGAUGCAGCUACGCCACACUUUGCUUUUCGCUUCUGAUCUUUGUCAUGGUUUCUCCUGGAGGCAUUUAAGAAAUGUCUUCUAAAAAUGUCUUGAAGUAUCCUCAAAGCAGCCUGUCAUUUGGCAUAUUUCCACUCUUGUUUGGAGAUGCCAGUGUUUUUAGCAGCGCAGUUAUACAGAAACUUUAGUCUCAACAACUACUCACUGGAAUUCCAUGAAAUUUUGGUAUACAUUAGUAGACCAAAGUAGACAUUCAUGGUCCCAAGAGAAAGUAUUCUAAUAGUUUUUGAUAUCAUUAUGUUCAUAAAGCAACAUUUAACCAUUUAAAUCAUUUAACCUAAAAUUGACGCAAUCAUUUUGAUGCUACACUGUCUUGCAGUAAGGAGACGGGCUGCCCUGUCACUCUUACUCUGCACCCUGAAAGCCUGUUGUUACAUUGCAUAACUGGGAUGGGUGUGUACAGUCUCCUGUGGAAAGUGCGUAUGACUUCACAGUACACUUUGUGACAGAGCUUUACUCCUCUUAAUUACUGUGCACAGAAUGCCUUUCUGUCCUUAUUUUGUAUGUGUCAGUUCUAGACAAUUGUCAAUAAAUGUUGGCAUUUAUGUACAUUCACAAUUGAAUAUCAAGCUUCACACAAGGUGCUCUGGCCAAAAUAGAUCCAGCAUGAAAUCAGAGCCCAGUGAGAGCCUGUCUGGCAGCCAUGACCAAGGCAGAACAUGUUGCAGCUGCCUCCGGUGGAUAUUUGGGGAGUCGUGGGGCUGUAGUAAAUCUGACCUUGACUGUGGUGAACUGUUUUACCAAAUUUCACCAAACCAAAAUAAAUGCCAUCCAGCUGACCUACAUGCAUCCACUGUUGAAAGAUUCAUGUGGGUAUUUUUGUACCUUUGAAGCAUUUCUAGUCUUCAGAAUGACUUGGCUUUUUAUUUACCAACUUGGAAAAAAACUACCUCAGAGCAGUGUCGGGUGCUAGCUAAUAUUAGCCCUAAUUUAUAAUAAUGGUAACAAAAUUGAAAAUUAUUGUGACCAAACCAAUACAAGCCAAUAUCAUGUGACUUUCCUUUAACCUUAAUGAAAUGGAAAACCAAGUAAUCAUGUAUGACUGGUUGGUUGCUUUAGUUGGUUACAUUUUAGGGGACCAAAUUUUUGUGAUUGGAAGUCUCAUUGUUUCACGCAAGUUCUUGAGUCUUUUUUUUUUUUAUUUCAAAAUGAUGUUGACAAAAACAACCAGGCACAAUCUAGGACUCAUCCAUGGGGUGAAAUAAACUGUAAUCAUUAGCGGAUGAUAUAUCGUCAAACGUGCCAUCAUACAGUGAUUGCUAUUCACUUUGACAAUGUGUUCAUAUUCCAGUAAAAUGUUAUGUGGUGGUGAUAUUGAGGAAUGUUUGCAAUGGCGGUGAAGGUUUGUCAGAAAGAUGUAUGUACAGCAAUAACGUUGGUGUGUGGGCUGUGGAUCGUUGGUCAUUUGUCUUUACACCAGUCUGUCCUCUUCAUGCAGGUCAAGACAAUGCUCUGUAAACAUUUUAGACUUUUAGUUAGCAGGACAAUACUUAGUCUCCGUAUUUGGAAACAGCUUUUUUUGUUUUUGUUUUACCAGAAUGUAGAAAUAUGAAGAUUUCAUACUGGAUAGAUCCACUCCACUGAUGAAUUGUCUACGUUAAACUGCCGUGUUAACCCAGUACUGCAAUAAAAUCAGGGUGGAUGUCCCUGUCUCAUAGUCACUUCAUUUCCACUUUUCCUCCAAUUAACCAGAAUCAAGGUUUACUUUACAAUGUAUCAGAAUAUUGUCAACUUCAAUGAAAGGUACAUAUGAGGCUGUGUGGCAGUUAACUACAAUUUGUUGUAAUUUAGUCAAAACUGGAAACAUCCAGCACGUUGGUAGUCGUUUUAUAUGUGCCUUUUGUUGGAUCUCUCUCUUCUCCAUCUGCCCCAUCUUUGGAUUUGUGAGUCCUUUCAACAUAAAAGUUUUGACAAAAUCUGCAAAGAAGCCACAUUUAAAAAAAAAAAAAAAAAAAAAUCAAAAAAAAAAAUCUGUUCUUAAUUAUCAUGCAACCUUGCGUGUAGAUGCUGCAUAGAACGAUCAGUAUUUGUGUUUUGCACUUUCAAAGCAGUCUCAAAAAAAAAAUCGCCCACUUGGGUUUGGGCAGAAAGUAAAAUGAAAUAACUGACGAGGUAUUUUAUGCUAUCAAUAGGAAUUAUAAGGAAUAAUAUGACUUUGAAGAGCUUUUCUAAAAAGGUUGAUAUAUCUAUAUAUAUUCAUGAAGUACCUCAUAAGCCUGAUAUAUGCUGCAUUGACUUUUUUUCUGUAGUGUACUUCAUAUUGUCCAAUAAAAUUUUAAUUUUUCCCCCUUUUGGGAGGUUUGAAUGUCACUGCAGGCUGUGCACAUGCCACAACCAGUAAAUCUGAUAGAGUUAUGUUGUAACAAAGGAGUGUAUUACACCUUGUGGCCAAAUGAUAAUGUGUCAUUUAUGCAAUUUCUACGUAAAUGUCAGAGUAUUUCUCACUUGUAGCCAUGUCAUAUUUCUGUACUCUGUCUUUUUAUUUUUAUUUUUUCUUUUGGCAUAUUCUCUGCGUCUGCGUAGCCAAAAAGAUCGUGUUAAGUCGACGAUGAGGUGAUGUGCACCAAGCAUCCUGCAAGGCUCUGUGGUAUAACACGACUGUUGACUCAGGUAUUGUCGUGAAAAGGGCUGUAUCUGCUUACUGUGUCUAUGACCAAACCCCACCCCUGACCCUCCCCCCUACACCUUUGUCUUAAAAUAGCCUUAGAUCUACAUGUGAGGUUCCUAUUUGGCCUUAAAAGUUGAACAAAUUAUGCACUACAAUUAAACGGACUUGACAGAGAGCUCGCAACCCGUGCAGACACGUUUUAUCUUUGGUCCGUGUUGCGUCAUUGCCAUGUUAUCUACCUCCUCUGAAUGUAGGAGCUGUCCUGGAGCUGUAGUUGACUGCAAAACCUUUUGGAUUUUUUUUUGUGCUCAUUUAAGGAAAACAGACAAUCACCUGUAGAUUCUUGAAACACAUAAAUGAUAUUCCCCAAUUUAUUCAUAUACCGAACUGAUUCCAGGACAACUCCAGUUUUCUUGUCUUUUUCCCUCAUUGGCCAUUUUCGUUUUAUACGUUGUGCUUUUUUGCAUUGUUAGCCAUGAUGGAGAAGCAAAGUGACCAAAGUCUCUUGGCAAAAGUGGCCCUGCACAGCCAUGUGAAUUCAAACCUCCCUUCAUUUGUGUCAUUUUGAGCUCAGUUUUUGAGUUGUUGUUUUUCUUCUCUCUCUCUAUAUAUAUAUACAUAUAUCUAUCUAUCUCUCUUUUCUCCCUUAUUUAAACCACGACAUGCCAAAACUAAAUUUGCUGUCAUUCCUGUUCUGGUGAGGGUCUUUAUGUUGCUGUUUUAAUUUGUUCACAUCCACUGCUAAGCUCCUUGUUCUUGUUGUUUGUAAAGUCGUAAGCUUUGAUUUCUAUUUUACAUUUCCUUAUUUUUGUUAACAAGUAUGCUUACAGAACACAAGAUAUGCUGUAAACCCUGUUAGGACAUAAUGUGAAAACGUAUCACUUAAUAUAGUUCACUCUUUGGCUUGACUGUAAGUUGCGUUAAUAAAAAUGUUUCAAAAGUU